UGAUCAAUCAAAGAUGGCUUAGUUGUAGUGUUUGUUGCAGACGGAUUACGAAUGGAAUCAUUUCUAAGACAUCAAGCCAACCGUACCGAAUUUUUAAGGAAAAUAAUUCUUUCUGAAGGAGCAUUUGGAAUAUCUUACACACGAGUUCCAACCGAGUCAAGGCCAGGACAUGUAGCUUUAUUUGCAGGAAUGCAUGAAGAUCCUAGUGCAGUUUUCAAAGGAUGGAAAGAAAACCCGGUGGAGUUUGAUUCCGUUUUCAACCGUAGUAACUUUGCAUAUAUUUGGGGUAGUCCCGAUAUAGUUUCUGUUUUUUCGUAUGGAGCGGAAAAUAAAAAUAUUCGAACCGAUUCAUAUUCGCCUAACAUAGAAAGUUUUUCUCCAACCUCCAAUACUAGUGUUUUAGAUAUAUGGGUUUUUGAAAAAGUGAAGGAAUUUCUUUCUACAUCGGUAAAUCGUAACAUCAUUUCAACGGAAGAAAAAGUUAUUUUAUUUCUACACCUAUUAGGAUUAGAUACUGCUGGGCAUGUACACAAACCAUAUUCAAAUCAUUUUUCAGAAAAUUUAAAAAUUGUGGACAAAGGCAUUCAGGAAAUUGCAACUUUGAUCGAUAAAACCACAAAUCACGAUAAUAAAACUGCUUUUAUAUUCACCUCUGAUCAUGGCAUGACGGAUAGAGGAUCGCACGGAUCGGGCGAUUUUACUGAAACUGAAACCCCUUUCAUUGCGUGGGGUGCUGGAAUUCAACACUGGGAAAAGGCCUCGAUCGGUGAAAACUUCAAAAAUGUAACUUUUGAUGAAGUAACUAUUCCAUCGUGGGACUUAAAUCAAACAGAUGUGACUCCUUUGAUCUCAACUUUACUAGGAAUAGCAAUACCAAAACAAAAUUGUGGAAAAAUACCCCUUCAUUAUUUGAAUGCAUCGAAGGCAUUCACUGCUCGUUCAAUGGAGAAGAAUGUCGAACAACUAUACCAGCAAUAUUACCGUUGGCAACAAAAAUGCAGUCAAAAAUGGUUUCAAUGGUCGUUUUUUAAACAGGAAACUGUUUAUUCUACUUUGAUUGGUAAUCUGAAAAAGGAUAUGAAUAUAACUGCCAAUACUCAAAAUUUUGAGCAAAUGAUUACUCUAAGUGAACUGUUGGUAGAUGUAAUACUAGAGGCAAUUGAGUAUUAUCAAACAUAUUACAAGUAUGAAUUAUUAUUCGUGCUAUCAGUCGCAAUGUUGGGUUGGAUUUCAAUCAUAAUAGGAAAAAUUUUUUUUAACGGUAAAUCGUUUAGAAGAGUUAGUGUCCGAUUUAUCUCAAGAACGAUGGCAAUUAUAUUUAUUAUUUGCAUAUACCAUACAUGUAAGUUUAUGUAAUUUUUAAGGUAAGGA